CGCAGAAAAUUUUUCUCGAAUAAUGUACAAUGCUCAUAAUAAAAUUUACUAGAUUUGCAUCGCACCGGUAGGAUAUACGCGUAUUCAACCGGAAAUUAAUAUAUGACAAUAGAAAAGUAAUAGUUUGGUUAGAUACAUCUUGUAACCUAAAGGUAAAUAAAUUUGCCAUACUAACAAGGAAAUAUGAAGAAAGUAAAAAAGUCCCAUACUAAUAUGUGUAUAUUCGACGUUGUAGCUUGAAUUGCGCGUUGUUUCUUAAGACAGUAUAAGAAAAAAAAAUAAUCUAGAGUGGUACCUACUGUGAGCUGUAUAGAAAUAUUCGUUGUGUAUCUGGCAAUAAUCUAUGUUCUUCAUAGAAAUGCGAUAGUAACCGCGGACACGCGGACUGCGCACGAUCGUUAAUCUCGUGUAUGUGAAGUGUGAAGUGAGGAGCGCAAUGUAUAACGAUACCAGCGAUAAGUACGAGCUACCAGAAGUAGUCAAUUUAGAUACUGCAUCUUGUAGUAAUGCACAAGGCUUUAUUUUUCCAUCGAAGCUUUCAUCUUCAUACCUUUGCAAUGAUAGUCAACUCCAACGACACCAACCCACAUCAUGCAUACUAUUAGAGGAUGCAAGUAUCUCCAGUAGUGAUAGUAGUGAGUUGACCGAAAAAAAUGUACAAAAUUUGAAAAGGUACUUGCAAGAAACCAGCGAAGGUAAAAUUAUAUUAUCUGCAUACUAUAAUAACAAUAAAACCCUUAAUUCUGUACUGCGUUCUCGAUUAGUACGACUCAUUAUCAAAGGAGAGAAAGACAGAAUAUUAUCAAAAAUCUCAGUAGCAGACAAAUUAACUAAUUUUGUUAUAACAACUUCUCGGUUUCAAAAAUUAGCAGGAGACAUUGUUAAAAUAUUUAAAGGAGAGUCUUGUUACACAUAUUAUACGCCGUUUACAUGUAAGAAUGGUGUUCGUAUACAGGCAAGUGGUAAGCUCUGGGAACAUUAUAAUUAUAUAAAAGGAGAUUUAAGAAAACAAGGAAUACUCCUUCAGCGAUCAAUUUCCAAAUCCAUACAAGAGACAUAUGCACAGACUGAAAUAGAUGAAGACAAACUGCAAUGGUUAUUCCACCACACAGAACCGUGGGAGCAAGUGUGUGAAUAUUGGAAUAAUACAUAUAGGGCUAGGAACAAGUUAUUAAUGCAAGACAAACUAAAUGUACUUGAAUAUUUUAAUAAGUUUCCUUGUCUUCAAUUAAGCAAAGGACAACAUCUGCUCGUAGAAGACUUUAACAGACAGUAUCCCGAAAAAGAAUCGAUAUUUCCUAAAAGGUGGAAUAUUAUUAAAAAAGUUAUUAUUGACCAACUACAGCAAUUGAAUAAACGCCUCAGUGUUUCAGAUACAGCUCUUAUAUCUAUUUUACCAGCAAUAUCUUCUGAUAAACAAGAUGCGGUAAUUUUUUAUUUACUUCCGAUUCUUAUCGAAUCUCGUAGAGCAGGAGGUUAUAAAAGGAAAAGAAAUACGAACUGUGAGCAGGAUAGUGAAAACAGCAUCAGAAAGUUAACGUUACAAGAAUGUAGAGAUGCGUUUAUGUUACAUGUGCAGACUGUUGCUGAUUUGGAUCGUGCUUUAUAUGAUUUGAAGAGAAGACUGCAAAGAAACAAAGAUACUUUUCAACCGACACCUCUUAUAGUUGGAUCUUUAGUAAACAUCGAAUCAUCAUACGUGAUUGUAAACGACCAAAAGUUUAAGGAAGACGAAUGUUGGCAGCUUGUUAUUCUUUUAAAGCAAAUAAUCGACAUUACAACUAGUUCAAGAGUUUAUUGUGAAACGUAUCAUUUAUUAGACACUAUUAUUAAUGAAUAUUUAACUUUAUUAAAUAACCAAUUCCCAGGCAAGAUAAAACCGAAACAUCACUUUUUAAUUCAUUAUGCUCGAAUAAUGAAGCUUGUCGGUGUAUUAUGGAAAACUAAUUGUAUGCGAUACGAAGGUAAACAUAAAGAAGGAAAAAAAACAUCCCAAGCUACAAAUAGUCGAGCAAAUAUUUCAAGAACAAUAGCUAUAAAACACCAACUGCUUUUAAACUACAGGUUGCAAUAUAAUAUUUCAUCCUGCCAUUUGUUAACUCUUGGACCAGUUGCCCAAAAGAAUGUACGCGAAAUACCUUUUGUUAAUAAUUGUAUUACACCUUUUCAAGUAGAAUUUAACAUAUUAAUUGCUAAGUGGAUAUGUUACAACAAUAAUAUUAUUAACAAAAGAGCCAUUAUCGUUACAUUCAACGAAGAAGGAGUAGAUUUUUAUUUUGUGCACACUAUUAUUAUUAAUAAAGAACAAAAUGACUUUGUUAUUUUAACUAAAAGAAUGUUACAGUGCUAUCUAGAUGAACAUGUACAAUCCUACAAAAUUUAUGAUAAUACUUGUUUUGAGUGGGUUUAUUUAACUAAGAAGAAUUUAUUUAAUUCUGUUGUAACACAUUGCGUUAGGCUUAGUGAAAGCGAAAUUUAUAUUGUUAAAAAAUGGUUUUAAAGAAAUACCAAAUAAAUGAAAUUAUCAUUGAAAA